AUGUCCGAAUCACAGCCCUCAGCGCGGUCAUCCCGCGUUGACCUCCUCCUACGCCCUGUCGAGCGACCCGUCAGCUACCUGACGCGCGCCGGCAUCGCAGCAUCUUACCCCCUCCGUGGCAUCUGGUACUUCUUGCGCAACAAGGAGUUUUACCCGCUCUUCCUGAGCAGGCUACUGCCUCUAUCCAUCAUCUCUUUCCUUGUAUACUUUAUCCUUUUUACCUUCGCCUUUUUGCCCCAGUUUGCGUUCUUGGCGAUCUUCCAUGGAUGGGGCGCGUGGCUCAACGCAGUGGUGCUGGUGCUUGGAGAGGGGUUGGUAGUGAUCCAAGGCCUCUUCGAGGGGUUUUUCGUGGACGAAUGUAGGGUGGAUGUUUUCGAUGCCACCCUCAUCAAGCAAUCGCAAACCGAGCUCGUUGCCCCUCAUCGAAUCCUCUUCCACGAUGCCCCGACCGCCGUCAAGAUGCUCGGCAAGCCGACGACUUCCGCAGUCUAUACCCCCUGGAGUAUGGUUCAGAUCAUUGAGCUCAUUAUUUUCCUGCCCCUCAACUUCAUCCCGGUGGUCGGCACACCAGCGUUUAUCAUCAUCACUGGUACAAGACUGGGCAAGCUCGCCCAUUACAGGUGGUUUCAGUUGCGGGGUCUGAAUAAGCAGGAGUCCAAGAAGGAGAUCAAGGCAAGGACAUGGGAAUAUGUCUGGUUCGGCACGGUGGCGAUGACCCUCGAGCUGAUACCUGUGCUAUCCUUUUUCUUCUUGCUAACUACAUCGGCUGGAGCAGCCCUCUGGGCCGCAAGGAUUGAGGAGGACAAGCGAAGGCAAGCAGUGCAAGACUUGGUGGGAGAUCCUUUGCCGCCUCCGCCCCCUUACGAGGAUGAUCCUGUUUAG